AUGACCUUGCCAAUCACCAAAUUCGUCUGGCUGCCAGUUACGCCUGCUUCGUUACAGCCUCAGCUUGAUGAACUAUGCAUAUUCUGCAGAUAUAAAGGGAGUGACGUGGUUCAGCUCAUCAUCCGACAAGUCAUACACACUUUCUACUUUCUACAACACUUAUACCAAAUUCUAGCAGCUAUGUCUGGCGAUGACCACCCCCGCACAAAGAUGAACAACGAAUUGCAGAGGAUAUAUGGUCCCUCUGCACCUGAUCAUGUCAGGUGGGAUGUCUAUUCGCGAGGCUCUCCCAAUGCUUUGACGUGGUAUGCGACCGUCUACAUUGAUGAUAUAAAUCACGGCGAUGCUUCAUCCAGAACCAGAGGUGGUGCUCAAGACGAGGCUGCGAAACAGGCGUAUAACUGGCUGAGGUAUGAAGUGUCCCGCCGAUGA